AUGGCAGCUUUUGUCCCCUUUGACAACUGGAAUGACUAUCGCACCACCUCAAUCAAGCGGGUCGAAGGGAAAGAUCUCAGUGGAAAGGUCAUGGUGAUCACUGGUGCCACUGGUAGUUUGGGAAAAGAAAUGGCAUUCGCCCUUGUUUCCGCCGGUGCCACUGUGAUUAUGACGGGCCGCACAAUGGCCAAAUUGGAAAAGGCCAAAACGGAUGUUCUUAGCCGAUCUGAUAGUGCUUCGGAAUUAAAAGGAUCCAUUGAGUUGAUGGAACUGGAUCUGGGCAGUUACGAUAGCAUUCAAGCCUUUGUCGCGGCCUUGCAAAAAGCUCACGGCGAUGGUAUUGACGUAUUUGUCAACAAUGCCGGGUAUUGCCCAACAUCUGAAUUUAAAGCCUCGAAGUACGACGUCGAACUUUCAUUUCAGUCGAACUUUUUGUCCCUGGUCCUUCUCACCGAGCUCGUUCUACCAUUGGUUACCAAGAAGAAUGGUCGUUUGGUUCAUCUUACUAGCAUGUCUCACGGCGAUGCUCCCAAACCAAUGGAUUUUACCAAGAUUCCUUCCACCAAGGAAACCUUUGGAGGGUACAACAAAGACUAUGCGGAAAGUAAAUGGCUUGUCACGGCCUACUCCGCCAUGCUUGCCAAACGAGGCGUCACUUCUGUCUGCGCCGAUCCCGGUGCGAGUCCAGGAUCGGCCAUGUGGGACAACCAACCUUUGAUGAUUCGGAUUAUGGCAAGAUAUGUCUUUCGCUUUCUGACAAAGACUGCAACUCAGGCUGCGGCCUGUCCCACUUAUCUGGCAGUGGCAGAUACGGUUGAGAGUGGAGGCUACUAUGCAUCUGGGGUCCAAUACUCCGGCCGUGAAGAUACCAAUGAUCCCAAGGAAUGGGCCAAGGUGACUGAGGCCUUGGCAAAGACCUUUCCCGAAAAGUAUCAAAAGUAUGCCAUCAAGGUUGAGUAA